AUGUCGUGCUACCUACAGCAGUGCCUCCCUCCAGUCUACCAGGACCCCAUCCCCAUCAAGUGCCCGCCGAUGUACGCUGCCAGACACCCACCAGUGCCUACCUGGCACUCGACACUCUGCUCCCCACAGUACGUGACCCCCUGCAUCCCCCGACAGCGCAUCAUGUCCUCCAGCUUCUCCCAACAGCAGUGUGUGACCAAGUGCAUGCCGUGGCAGCAGUAUGCAACCAAGUGUGUGCCGCAGCAGCAGUGUGUGACCCAGCGCAUCCUACAGCAGCCAUGUGUAACUCGGUGUGUGACAACUUGUGUGCCGCAGCAGCAGUGUGCCACCAAGGGUGUGUCGCAGCAGCCUUGUAUGACCAAGUGUGUGCCGCAGCAGUGUGCAACCAAGUGCGUGACCACCUAUGCCCCCCAGCAGCAGCAUGAGACCAAGUGCAUCCCGCAGCAGCAGUGUGCAACCAGGUGUGUCACCACGUGUGUCCCGCAGCAGCCGUACCUGACCAAGGGCAUCCCACAGCAGCAGUGUGCGACCAAGUGCGUCCCGCAGCGGUGUGUGACCACCUACUCCCCGCAGCAGCAGUGUGCGACCAGGUGUGUCACCACGUGUGUCCCGCAGCAGCGUGCGACCAAGUUUGUCUCACACCAGUUUGUGACCUCUUGUGCCCCGCAGCAGUGUGCCACCACGUACGUCCCACAGCAAUGUGCGACCAGGUGUGUGACCAAGUGUGUCCCGCAGCAGUGUGACACAACUUGCGUCCCACAGCAGCAGUGUGUGACCAAGUGCAUCCCACAGCAGCAGUGUGCCACCAAGUGUGUCCCACAGCAGCAGUGUGCCACCAAGUGCGUCUCACAGCAGCAGUGUGUGACCAAGUGUGUCCCACAGCAGCAGUGUGCCACCAAGUGUGUCCCACAGCAGUGUGCCACCAAGUGUGUCCCACAGCAGCAGUGUGUGACCAAGUGCGUCCCACAGCAGCAGUGUGCCACCAAAUGUGUCCCACAGCAGCAGUGUGCCACCAAGUGUGUCCCACAGCAGCAGUGUGUGACCAAGUGCGUCCCACAGCAGCAGUGUGCCACCAAAUGUGUCCCACAGCAGCAGUGUGCCACCAAGGGUGUCCCACAGCAGCAGUGUGCCACCAAGUGCAUCUCACAGCAGCAGUGUGCCACCAAAUGUGUCCCACAGCAGCAGUGUGCCACCAAGUGCGUCUCACAGCAGCAGUGUGCCACCAAGUGCAUCUCACAGCAGCAGUGUGCCACCAAAUGUGUCCCGCAGCAGCAGUGUGCCACCAAGGGUGUCCCACAGCAGCAGUGUGCCACCAAGUGUGUCCCGCAGCAGUGUGCCACCAAGUGCGUCCCACAGCAGCAGUGUGCCACCAAGUGCGUCCCGCAGCAGUGUGCCACCAAGUGCAUCCCACAGCAAUGUCAGUCGGUUGGAGUAAAAAUUUCGAGUCACUCUAAGAAGUACUGCUCUGCGUCCAAAUGGCCCUGGUAA